GAUGGGAGCGUUGUGCUUGGGAACGAAUCGCACUCCAUCAGCUGUGUUUGCUUCGCGUUUGGAAAUUGGCUUCUGACGUGUUUCCUUUGCUGCUCAGAUUGUGGGUUUUUGUGUUUGUUUUUUUGUUUGUCUGUUUGUUUGUUUUUGGAAGGUGGAUAAGUGGCUGGAAAAUGUUCAGUUGUAUAGGGGAAAAUGUAGCGUUACUUUCUCAUUUGCAGCAUGUAACAUCGUAUCUUUUAAUAUUUGAUGAAUCAGUUUUCGGGGUAUUCAGCGCAGUUUUUCUGGUGUUAGUGUAUCUGCAGCGUGUAGCGUUGUGUUUCUGUGAGAGCUCUGUGACCACACGUUUCGUGUCCCUGGCUGAGAACAGCAGCACGCUCAUGUGCUGUGGCUGCUGACAACUGAUUCGAUUUAGGAGAAAACCUCAAUGGAGGUUUCAUUAUCAGAACUGUAGUCAUGGCACAAAGCAAAAUGAAAUAAAAACCUCCAGAGCACGUGUUUCGUGGAAGGAAAAGGUCUCCCCUCUCUCCCUCUCUCCAAAGAGGAAAUGGCUGUUGGUUAAUUAACUGGUCAGAUUCUGGGCUAAAUGAAUGCUGACACCGAAUGACACGGAGAUGUUGUCUGGGAGGGUCUCAAUGGCACCAUUUGUUCUCCCGCCUCGCACACAGUGACAAACCUGGAGGCGGUGACCAAUAGACCCAAGUGACACUCGCUCAUCGUUUGCUGUUAAAUCGUGUUCAGAGGAGCUGCUGUGCAGUGGCUGCGAGGACUGGGGUUUGUGUGAGAGACGCCCGCCCGCUGCUGUAACAGGGAGGCAGGUGCCGUUACAUGAACAACCCACCUACUCAGCAUUUUACAUCAUUGCCAUAAAACCUCUUUCCUGUAAUUCUUUACACCACAGAGCUCUGGGAGAUCGCGGUUAGUUCUACGACCCCAUUUAGGGACGUGUUUAGUGAUCACGGUGGGGAUGGACUCGGUGAUCUUAGCGGUUCUUUCCAUCCGGAACGAUUCGGUGAUUUUUUUUUCUCCCGACCGGCACAGGAUCGCCCCAAACCGCCUCCCCCUCCCACCGCCGCCGUUCCGCUCCCGGCCGUCCCCGCUCGGCGCUCUGCUGCCAGGCCUGGUUGGGGCGGGGCAGGCGCUGCGUGCGGCCAUGCGGGCGGCUGGGCUGUGCGCGGUGUGCGGGGCGGACGGCGCCGCCAAAUACCGCUGUCCGCGCUGCGCUGCCGCAUACUGCUCCGUGCCGUGCUGCAAGACGCACAGAGAGCGAUGCGCGCCGCAAAGGGAACCGCCGGCGGAGGAACGGGCGGCGCAGCGCGGCUCUCCUGCGGACAGCGCGUGGUCGGUGGCUGACAUACUGACGGAGGAAGACGAGCAGGACCGCGUCCCGCUGCAGAAACUCCGGCUGCUGGGAGAAUCAGAAGAACUGAGAGGCUUGCUGCUGAACCCACACCUCAGGCAGCUGCUGCUGACCAUUGACCAAGCAGAAGACAAAAGCUCUCUCAUGAAAAAGUACAUGCAGGAGCCACUCUUUGUGGAGUUUGCAGACUGCUGCUUGAGGAUUGUGGAACCCCCAGAGAAGGAGAACAUUCUUCCUGAGUGAGCUUGGAAAUAUUUUUUGUUCCUUCAGGUUUUCCUCUUACAAAAGCCAUUCUGCAGCACCCCAUGGUGCACUGUGCCAUGUAUUCCCUCCAGUUCAGUUGCUCAUGAAUGUCAGCACUCUAAUUUUCAUUUUAGAGUUGAUAAACAAUGACAUGGUGCUGGACAAAUUUCUGGAUGCUAGGAAUUGAAUUUGGUAUUAUGUGGACUUGCCCUCCGUUGGUACAGAAAUCCUGUCACCUGUGGGAAAUACCACUUCCCAGUAACAAUUAUAUUAAAUAUACUGGCAUUUGUCUUAACCCA